CUUUGCUGUCCUCGCUCCAAUUAAUACCUGUAUCUAACUUUGAGUUUUAAGGAUCGUGAAAAUUAUUUGGAAUUAGUUUGCUGAAUGGAGAGUGCUGGAGGUAGUUCAGUUCUACGGAAUCGUAGGUUGGAGAGCUGCUUCAAUGCAAGUUCCCUUUCCAAUGUCGGAGAAUCAUCGAAAGUUAAGCGGAGAGAAGCAGGGAUACCGAAACAGAAGACCGAUGUCUUUGUGGACGACAACAGUUGGAUCGCUAUUGUGAUAUCCUGUAUAAAGAUUGUUAUCUGUUUCGUGACGAUGAUGUUCACGACCUUUGUGUGGGCCCUGAUCAUGCUUGUGCUGCUACCAUGGCCUUAUGCGAGGAUUAGGCAGGGAAAUGUUUAUGGUCAUGUGACUGGAAGGUUAUUGAUGUGGAUUUUGGGAAAUCCAAUAAAGAUAGAAGGUGCCGAAUUCUCCAAAACAAGGGCUAUUUAUAUCAGUAACCAUGCAUCUCCUCUAGAUGUUUUUCUUGUAAUGUGGUUGACUCCAACGGGCACUGUUGGCAUUGCCAAAAAAGAGAUCGUAUGGUACCCCCUGUUUGGACAGUUAUAUGUGUUAGCAAACCAUCUUCGUAUAGAUCGUUCCAACCCAAGUUCAGCCAUUGAGUCAAUGAAACAGGCUGCUCGUGCAAUUGUUGAGAACAAUCUAUCAUUGAUCAUUUUUCCCGAGGGAACCCGAUCCAAAAAUGGAAGAUUGCUUCCAUUUAAGAAGGUAUUUGUUCACAUGGCAUUGCAAUCUCGGCUCCCUAUUGUUCCGAUGGUUCUGACAGGGACACACCUAGCAUGGAGAAAAAACAGUUUACAUGUUAAGCCAGCACCUCUAACUGUAAAGUUUCUUCCUCCGAUAAGAACUGAAGAUUGGAUAACCGACAAGAUUGAUGACUACAUUAAAAUGGUACAUGACAUCUAUGUCAAACACCUUCCAGAGGCCCAAAGACCUCUGGUAUCUGAAGAGGAAGAUAGUGUAAGAGAUCAAACUGGCAACUAAGGUGAAGAACCCCACAGCCCCCAUUGAACAUAAAGCUAGCACCUCCAAAAUUAGUGAAGAUCAACUAUUCUUCUUUUGUCAAAGGGGAAUUUACAGCAAAGCCCAUGAUUUCUGGGUUUUU